GCAGUAUAAGAUUAGGUUUUUCAAAAUCAUGUUGAGAUUGGAUCACAUAAAUAAUGAGUACAUUAUAUAUCAUGUAGAAAAGGAACAUAUCUUAGUCCAAUGCUGUAUUACUUUCUUAUUUUGAAAUUAAGUCAGUUUUCUAGAUUUGGAAAACAGAACUAUAAACACAUGCUUAAUAGAAUCAUUUUUUUAUGAAUAAUGCAAAUUAUUUAAACAGAAAAAAUUGCUUUUGUUUGACAAAUGUAAUAACUGAUUAAUUAGACACAUUAAGAGUAACCUGACUUCCUGCAAACAAUUAACGUAUAUACUUCUAAACAGUUUUUUCUCAUCUUCCAUUCAGUCUAAAUAAAAAAAAUAACAUUUUCAAAACAUUACUUAUUUAAUGUAAAAUUAGUUACUAAAUAUGAAAUCUUUAUCUGUUUUUAUUGUUAUAGAUCAAAGCAAAAUUUUCAGGUCUUACAUCAUUUAUUGUAGCAACUCUCAAAAUAUAUAUGGAUUAUGAUAUUGAGAUGAAUGUGUGAAUAUUGAGAUUUACAUAUAUUAAUGCAGAACUUUUUUUAAAAUGUUAGAAUAGUUAUUUUUAAUGGAAAUUUUAUGAUUAAAAAAUAUAUAGCAACAUUUUUAUCAGAAUUUGAUCACCAAUUUAUACGAUACAUAAACUUGAACAUACAUUUUAGCAUCUGUAUAUAUCUCUGAUCAAAAAUAUCCCUGUAAAUAAACUAUUUUUGAGAACUUUAAUUUAUUGAAUAGCAACUUUUAUUUAUUUCAUUUCACAUGAUGAAAAUGGUUUCAUGAUUUAUGAAUUUUUGUAUUUGAGACAUAUUUAAAAAAUUUUUAAUAAUAAAAUAAAGGAAGUUUGUUUAAAAUUAAAAUAUAUCACUAUUUGAGUACCACUAAAAUACUGCACACUAUAUGAGUUUAAAGUGUAUAACAGAUUUUUAGUUCUUAUUCAAUAGUAAUAUUAUAAAGAAAAAUGUGAUUGAAUAUUGUAAAGCAGUAUUUUGCAAUCUGUGAAGUGCAAGGGGCAUUCAGCUUUUAUCAAAUUAUCAUUUUUUUAAUAUAAACAAACAUUAAUGUUUGUUUAUAUUAAAAACUCUUGCUGAACUCUUGACACUCUUGCUGAAAUGUCUUGACAAGAGUUGAGCUCAUGCAAACAGUAUACUUCAUUUAAUAAGGUAUAUUGUUUUGUAGGCCAUUAAAUAAAUUAUAAGGACAGUAUUUAUGAAAUUAGAUUGUUGUAAAAAUUGAAGGUGCGCAAUUUUUUUCUGAAAAAGAAGAGGCAGAGAUACAGAAAGUUCGGAAACCACUGUUGUAAAUGAAAUUAACAGCUAAUUACAAAAAAGCUAUAGUAGAAAUUAUUCAGCUAGGACCAAAUCCAUCACAAGUUGAUAAUUCCAAUCUCAGAAAGAAUUGUUCAAUAAUAGUUUCUGAGGGCACAAUACUGAAUUUAUUAAAAGGGGAAUUUCCCUACAUUGUUACAUUUAAAAGACAGUUAUCGGAAUCAAAAUUUCAACAUUCUUCUGUUAAUGGAACUGAUAUAAUUGAGCAGAAACAAAAUGUGCCAAAAUUAAAUGAAAAAUCAAAUGAUCAAAAACUGAUUAGUUCUGAAAUAAAAGAUGAAAAAUUAAAUCGAAAGAAGAGUAUUGAAAAUACAGAAAAGAAACAAACAAAGCUUGAAUUUGGAGAAACUACAAAUUUCAAAGAUGAUAAAACAAAAUUAAAACGACAUGGAGAACACAAUGAUGAAACAACUAAUAAACAUAUCAAAUUAGAUACAGAUGAAAACAAUAGUGAUACUGAAAAAGAACAACAAGAUUUAAAAAGAAUAGAAGAGAAUCUUCGUUUAAUGCAACAACAAUUUAGUAUUGAAACAAUGAACAAAAUGCCUAAAACAAAUGAAAAUAUCAACAAAACAAUUAAUACUAUUAAUAUAUGGGAAGAAGAAGAUGAUGGCAAAUUAUUUGUAUACACUCAUGAAAAAGUUGAAGCUAAAAGCAAGAUUGCAGCAUUUGAUUUAGAUCAUACAAUAAUCACAACAAAAAGUGGUCGUGUAUUUCCUGUAGAUACUCAUGAUUGGCGAAUUAUGUAUACUGAAAUUCCUGCAAAAUUAAAAAAGUUACAAGAAGAAGGGAAUAAAAUAGUUAUUUUUACUAAUCAGAGAAAUAUAUCAAAAGGAAAUACUGAUCCUUCAGAUUUUAGAAAGAAAAUUGAAUAUGUUACUAAAAAAUUGGGUAUUCCUUUACAAGUAUUUAUUUCUACAAGUCCAGGUAUUUACAGAAAACCAGCUCCAGGUAUGUGGGAUAUCUUAGUGAAAAAAUAUAACCAGAAUAUACCUGUAGACUUGUCUUCUUCAAUUUAUGUUGGAGAUGCAGCUGGACGAAUUGCAAAUUGGAAGCCACAAAAGAAAAAAGAUUUCUCAUGCAGUGAUCGUUUAUUUGCAUUCAAUAUACAAGUACAGUUUUAUACUCCAGAAGAAUUUUUCCUUAAUUAUGAUAAAGUGGAAUUUAAAAUGCCACUUUUUGAUCCUAGAUUCCUCCCUAAUGGACCAUUGGCAGAAGUUAUACAAUCAGCAGAAGAUUCUGAAAGUUAUCCAUUACCCCUUGAUGAAGAUAGUAUUAUAUCUCCUACUCCUGAGUUGCUGAUACUUGUUGGCUUUCCAGCAGCUGGCAAAAGUCAUUUUGCAGGAAAAUAUCUUCUUCCUAAAGGUUAUGUUCAUAUUAACAGGGAUACUUUAGGGAGUUGGAAAAAAUGUAUUCAUGAAUGUGAAACAUCUGUUCAGAAAGGAUUAAAUGUUGUUAUUGAUAAUACAAAUCCUGAUAAAGAAAGUAGAAAAAGAUAUAUUGACAUUGCUUUGAAAUACAAGAAACCAUGUCGCUGCUUUUUAUUUCAUUGUUCCUUAGAACAAUCAAAACAUAAUAAUAUGUUUAGAUUAAUAACUUCAAAAGAUAAAAGUCAUGUUGGUGUAAAUGACAUGGUUCUCAAUUCUUAUAAUUUAAAAUAUGAACGUCCUGAAUUAUCUGAAGGUUUCAACCAAAUUGUGAGAGUAAAUUUUAAACCAGAUUUCAAAUGUAAAGAAGAGGAGAGGCUAUAUAAAAUGUUCUUAAUAGAUAAAUAAUUUAUUUAUAAUUUCUUUAAAAUUACUAUGCAAAUAUUAUAAAAUUGCACAUCUAUUUAUUGUUAUAUCACAGUCACUCUUAUCAUGAUUUGAAAAAUUGUUUCAAUAAAUUAAAUAAUUGCUUCAAAUGUUAAUAAACAGCAUCAUUGUUUCAAUU